GCUGAGGGGCGGGCGGCGUGCUCAGGCCUGAGGUGACGAGGCCCGCUCGGCUUGGGGCCCUGAGCGGCGGCGCGGAGCGGGCGGAACUGGCGGCUAGAGGCGGAGCCGGAGCUCGGGGCCCGGAGCGCCGGGGAGGCGGAGCGGAAGCGGCGGGAGUCGCGCAGGUACCAUGACCCCCACAGGGACCCAGCAUUCGUUGGCCGGCCAGACCUAUGCAGUGCCCCUCAUACAGCCAGACCUGCGGCGAGAGGAGGCCAUCCAGCAGGUGGCGGAUGCCCUGCAGUACCUACAGAAGGUCUCUGGAGACAUCUUUAGCAGGAUCUCCCAGCGAGUGGAGCUCAGCCGGAGCCAGCUGCAGACCAUUGGGGAGAGGGUCUCCUUGGCCCAGGCCAAGAUUGAGAAGAUCAAGGGCAGCAAGAAAGCCAUCAAGGUGUUCUCCAGUGCCAAGUAUCCUGCUCCAGAGCACCUGCAGGAGUAUGGCUCCAUCUUCACAGGUGCCCAGGACCCUGGCCUGCAGAGGCGCCCCCGCCACAGGAUCCAGAGCAAGCACCGUCCCCUAGAUGAGCGGGCCCUGCAGGAGAAGCUGAAAUACUUCCCUGUGUGUGUGAACACUAAACUGGAGCCUGAAGAUGAGGCUGAGGAGGGGCUGGGGGGUCUUCCCAGCAACAUCAGCUCUGUCAGCUCCUUGCUGCUCUUCAACACCACCGAGAACUUGUACAAAAAGUAUGUCUUCCUGGACCCCUUGGCUGGUGCCAUAACAAAGACCCAUGUGAUGCUGGGGGCGGAGACGGAGGAGAAGCUGUUCGAUGCCCCUUUGUCCAUCAGCAAACGAGAGCAGCUGGAGCAGCAGGUCCCAGAGAGCUACUUCUAUGUGCCCGACCUGGGCCAAGUGCCUGAGAUUGAUGUGCCUUCCUACCUGCCUGACCUGCCGGGCGUGGCCGAUGACCUCAUGUACAGUGCAGAUCUCGGCCCCGGCAUUGCCCCAUCAGCCCCUGGCACCAUUCCAGAGCUGCCCGCCUUCCACACGGAGGUGGCUGAGCCUUUCAAGCCAGACUUAGAAGAUGGGGUGCUGACAGCACCCCCACCGCCGCCACCACCACCACCACCUCCCCCAGCUCCGGCGGUGCUGGUCAGCGCUCCCCCACCUCCGCCCCCACCCCAGAUGGUGGUCCCGCCAGGACAAACUGCCAGGGAGGAUGACAAUGGUGGUGUGUCUCCUUCAGCCCCGGUCCAUGGAGCGCCCAAGGAAGUGGUGGACCCCUCCAGUGGCCGGGCCACUCUGCUGGAGUCCAUCCGCCAGGCCGGGGGCAUCGGCAAGGCCAAGCUCCGCAGUGUCAAGGAGCGCAAGCUGGAGAAGAAGAAGCAGAAGGAGCAGGAGCAAGUGAGAGCCACUAGCCAAGGUGGGGACCUGAUGUCGGAUCUCUUCAACAAGCUGGCCAUGAGGCGCAAAGGUAUCUCCGGGAAAGGACCUGGGCCAGGAGGGGCCAGCGAGGGGCCAGGAGGAACCUUUGCCCGAAUGUCAGACUCCAUCCCGCCUCUGCCUCCCCCACAGCCACCCCUGGGAGAGGAGGAUGAGGAUGAUUGGGAGUCCUAGGGGCCAGCUCCUUCUUCCCCUGAGCCCCCGACUGUAUCACGCCGACACGCAGAACAGCUGGCCAGGCUCCUUGGAGGGAUGCUGACUGCGGAGGACGUCCAGCUCUGUUGCCUGGACCUUCUUCAAGGAGCAGGGAGGCUGCCUUCUGAGCCCAAACUGCGGGCGGGGGCUUGCUCUCUGCCUGUGCUCCAUCCAGCCCCUUCACUAGCAUGUCUUCCCUAAAGAGACUUUGUGGUGAAACAGUACCUGAGUCAAUAAAGAUGUGUGAUGUAAGAGCCAA